AUUAGGAUGAAUUUGAUAGUAAUGUUAGUUGAGUAUAUGAAUAUUUUAUGUCUUUUUGUAAUAAAUCAUAUUUUUUUUUCAAACACGACAAUAAAUGGAUUGAUUUUAUAAAUAAUAAUUACAAGUAUACAGUCGCAAAUGAUAAAAUAAACUUCUCUCAUUAGGUUCAAAUGUAGUCUUCAUUUUUUCUCGCUAAUCUUGUACAACUUCAGUUGGGAAAUGUUGUUGUAGCAAUCUAUUUUCAUUGUAAUGACACAGUGGCCACAACAGAACUUAAAUUACAAAUUAGAUUUAUUCAUUAUUUAUAUACCUUUAUCACUUAGGUUCAAUUACUAUGUUAAAUAAUUUACUCAAGGAAAAUUAAAAUUAACUUUGCAAUUAUGCAAAAUAAAGUCAAAAGAGGAUUAUCUGACAAAUUUUAUUUAAACUCUUGUAGAAAUGAUUGCAUUCAAAUUAAAGUAAUAGGUAUUAUAAAUACUAUUGCUUUUCAGAAGGCACGAUUAUAUGCAGAGAAAUUAUAUCAACAUUUGGCAUUUAAGUUUUGCAUGCCACAAAUUAUAGAAAUGUUUCAAAUGGAGUGGCAUGAAUACAUACUUAAAAUGAAAAGAGUAAUAAACUGCCAUUAGUCCACUUGUUAAAGUACGUUAUAAUAUUAGUAUAUCAAUUAUAAAUUAUAAUUAUAUCUUUCUAGCAAAUUGGAGGUGAAAUGUGGUCAUUAACACAAACUGUUGCUAUUUUUAUAAAUAAUAAAUUCCUUGGUAAUGAUAUACAAUUCUUGCACUAUAUAAGUCAAGAUUAUAUUUUUAGCUUACCUGUUGGUGUAGAAUAUUAUGAAGAUCUUGCUGCAGAACAUUGCAAAAAAUUUAUGGAAAAAUCUAAGAGAAAAUAUGUUUAUUUCACAUUUUCUAUAGAUGAUACACCUAUUGGUUCAUUCGUGUUUAUGCUAUAUUCUGAUUUGUUGCCAUUAACUUGUCAAUAUUUUUUAAAUCUUUGCACUGGAUAUGAUGAAGUAAAAGAAUGUUACAAAGAUGCUUAUUAUAUAAAUACAUGUUUGCAUCGUAUAGUUAAAGAUGGAUGGCUCCAAUGUGGAGGUAUAGGAGGAUUUGAACCAUUUCAAUCGGAUAAAAAUAAUGCUGCUGAUGUUACAAUACCUGAUGAAUCUUAUUGUGUUCCUCAUGAUCGUCGAGGAGUUCUUUCAAUGACAAAUGAUGGCAAACAUUGUAAUGGAUCACAAUUUGUUGUAUGUUUAAAACCAAAUCCUUGGAUGAAUCAUUUUUAUGUUGCUUUUGGACAACUUAUAGAUGGUGCUAAAACUUUAAAAAUAUUAGAAGAUAUUUCAACAUAUUAUGAACAUCCACUUAAAAAAAUUGUAAUUUCACAAUGUGGAGAAUAUAGCUUUAAUAAUGAACUUAAGUUGGAGGCAGAAUCAAGGAUCUUCCUUAAACAUCAACCACCAGCAAGUAUAGAAGGAGAAGAUGUAAGAAUCACUGAUACUGCAUUUGAUUUUUACUCUAUUACACCAUGGCUUGAUAAUAUUGUGGAUAGUAUAGACAUUCGCGAUACUGAAUCGCUUUUGUUGGCUAAACGGUAUUUAAAUGGUCUCUAUUGUCUUUCAAGUGACUAUGAACCAGGAAUGGAUAUGCGUUUUUAUGAAAAAAUUCAUCUAAUUGGUAUGGCAGAAUAUAAUACGAUAACUGCUAAACUUCACGAUUUAUUGUUGAAUUUUCAACCAGAUAUAAUGACUGAACAAGAAAAAAUGAGAUUUAUCUCAGAAAUUUCUAAAAUUAUUUUAGCGUACAUUUUUCAUCAUGAGCAUAAUGAAUUUUGUCUACAACAUAUUUCAUUUAAUACUCAUGCAACAAUACAUAAAAUAUUAGAAAUUGCACAUGAAAUAGUAUUAAAAACUAUUAAAAAGGCUGCAAAGAAAUCUAUAAUUUCUCGGGAAUGUGGAACUGCGAAAAUUGCAAAGAUAUUUGAACUAAAACAUGUCAAUAAUAUAUUAGUCUCAGAAGGUUGUAUGUCACUAAUAGAAGAAAUAUUAAAUAAAGCUAUAUUGUGUUUAUUAAAAACUGUUGAAAUGCAAGAAUAAUAAAAAUGUAAUGAAGA